AUGAUUGGUGAUGGAAAAAUACCUGAAAUUUCUUCCAUCGAAGGUGGAGAGAUUAAUUGGAUUGAAAUUCCAGAACAGUUCUUGGUUAGAAAUGAAUCACAUGCUUUACAUGAUUUGAUCCAUGCAAUCUAUCCAGAAUUAAGUACUAAAUACAAUGACAGUUCUUACUUGAAAGAACAUGGCAUCUUAGCACCAAAAAAUGCUGAUGUUGAUGAAUUAAAUGUCAUAAUGCUAUCAAUGUUGCUUGCAGAAUCUCAAAAAUACCUAACUGCAGAUAUGAUAUGUCUAGUUGAGGGUGAGAACAUUGACGAAGGCAUGCAUUCACCAGAGUUGUUGCACUCAUUAAAUUUUUCAGGAAUUCCAAGUCAUUGCCUUGAACUCAAAAAGGGAGCGCCUAUAAUGUUAUUGAAAAAUUGCAAUCAAUCUCAAGGUCUAUGUAAUGGAACCCGUCUUAUUGUUGAGAAGAUGAGAGAUAAAGUGAUUGAGGCACAAGUGAUUACAAGUUUGAAUAUUGGGGAAGGAGUCUUCAUUUCACGUAUCAUUUUAUCACCUUCUACCACACAUUCGUCUGUCCCGAUUAAAAGAAGACAAUUUCUCAUAAAACAAGCAUUUGCAAUGACCAUAAACAAAAGUCAGGGUCAGACUUUAAAAAACAUUAGCGUAUUAUAUGAUGCCUUAUCACGUGUUACUACACCAUCAGGCUUGAAGAUAUUGAUUGUUAAUAAGGUCGACCAAUCGUCAAAUUACACGAAAAAAUGUUAUGCAUUGUGA